AUGGCAACCCCUGAAGCUUGCAACCAAAUCGUGGACAACUUAUUCAAAGUCCUUGUGGAUGGAUACAAGCAUGAUUACAUUGGUGAAAAAAUCUCCCAACUUGAUCAUUGUCUUCAAGCUGCAGCACAAGCGGUUGAUGCAGGUGCUGACGAUGAAACUGUGCUAGGUGCAUUGUUGCAUGAUAUUGGUCAAUUUCCUAUAGAAAAGGAACAAAAGCGGAUAAUGUGCGAUGCAUCGGCAUUGGCAGAAUUGGAUCCCUCGGCUGUUGAAAAAGGUGGAGAGAAGCAAUCAAUCAGUGUGGGCGUCACUGGCCACGAGCGCAUUGGUGGUCAAUAUCUCCGCAGGCUUGGUUUCUCAGACAAGGUUGCUCAAUUAGUGGAAGCCCAUGUGGCAGUCAAACGCUAUUUAACUGGUAAAGAUGCCACUUACUAUGACGGAUUGAGUGCUGCCAGUAAAAUGUCCCUGAAAUACCAGGGUGGUCCAUUUACCCCUGAGCAAGUGAAGGAAUUUGAACAAGAUCCCCUCUUUAAACUUAAGGUGCAAGUGCGUCAAUGGGAUGAUGCUGCAAAGGUUGUAGGUCUCAAGGUCCCUGAUCUGGAAUCCUAUCGCGAUAUGGCUGUCAACCACCUUUUGCAGCAAUCAGCUGCUGUCAAGGCUGCGUAA